AUGGGAGGCAUGCGGGGCCCAUCAAAAAUGGGCUCCGGCUCUUCCAGUUGUGAGAGCAGCGGUGCAAAUGACACCCAUGAUGUUGCCGAAAAGCUCGGAUUUGAGAAGCUAUCUGAAAAGGCGAUCAAAGAGUACUAUUCGCAUGCUGUUCUUUAUAGACAUAAGAAGACGGGUGCGGAAAUUAUGUCUCUAUCGAAUUCCGACGAAAACAAGGCUUUCGGCAUUGUCUUCAGUACUCCUCCGAGAGAUUCAACUGGCGAACCUCACAUACUUGAGCACAGUGUGUUAUGUGGAUCGAGGAAAUACCCUGUGAAAGAACCCUUUGUUGAAUUGCUGAAAGGUAGUUUUUAUACUUUCUUAAAUGCAUUUACCUACCCUGACAGGACCUACUAUCCAGUCGCUUCGACAAAUGUGAAGGAUUUCUACAAUUUAGUUGAUGUGUAUUUGGAUGCUGUGUUCUUUCCUAAAUGCGUUGAGGACAUCCAGAUUUUUCAACAGGAGGGUUGGCAUUAUGAGCUUAAUGAUCUCGCCGAAGAUAUCUCUAUAAAAGGUUUCAUCUAA